GGGGAAGAGACACCGUCAGAAAAGACACCAGCCCUGGUUAAGUCUGAGGCGGUUGUUCAGGUCAUGGCAGAAGAAGAGUUGCCGGGCGUUUUGAUUCUGGAUAUAGGAGGAACUUAUGGUGUGCUAGAAGACCUUGCAGCACUUUUGAAAAAGCACUUUCGGCUUAUCACCAUGAAGGAAUUUCUUGAAAACAAAAAAGAAAUGAGCACAAAAAUCCAAUCUGUUUUCGUGUUUGAGUGCAGGCCAACUAUUGACCGGGAGCUGCUAGAAAGCCUGCCUAAUUUAAAGGUAAUUGGAAACUCUGGGGUUGGAGUUGAUCACUUAGACUUGAAAAUGAUUUCUAACUUUGGCGUAAAAGUGACCAACACCCCCCAUGCCGUGGCGGACCCAACAGCAGACAUAGGAGUGGCUUUGAUGCUGGCCUCUGCCAGAAGACUAGUGGAAGGCUGCCAGAUUGCGGUCUCUCCAGACACAAAGUAUUUUGCUGUUGACUGGCUGGGAGUGGAAGUAACCAGGGCGACGCUGGGGAUCAUCGGGAUGGGCAGCAUUGGGUACAAAGUGGCUCAGAGGGCCAGAGCCUUCAACAUGAGGAUCCUGUACCAUAACAGGAACCGCAGGAAAGAGCAAGAGGAGCAAGCUGUCGGCGCCACUUACUGCGAAAAGAUAGACAAUUUGCUCCAGCAGGCAGACUUUGUGAUGGUGGUGGUGAGCCUGACACCUCAGACAUGCAAGCUGAUUGGGAAAAGAGAGCUGGAGCUGAUGAAACCCACAGCUACUCUCAUCAACAUCAGCCGAGGUGCAGUAAUUGACCAAGAGGCGCUGGUGACCGCUCUGCAGACUGGCACGAUCAGGGCAGCAGCUUUGGAUGUCACCUACCCAGAACCACUGCCCAGAGAUCAUACAUUGUUGAAAUUAAAGAACAUCAUUAUAACGCCUCACCUUGGCAUUAAAACUGACAAGGCCACCUACAUGAUCACAGAGGAAGCAGUUGAAAACAUCUUAGCAGCUCUUAAUGGUCUCCCCAUGCCCAGUGAAGUACUCCCUAGCUGAUGUGCAAAAGGAUGUGACAGCUCUCUUUCUAUUUUUCUCUUUCCCCCCACCAGCUCUAAAGGCUUUUAUUCUUAUGUCUUCCCCAUUAAGAGAAGCCUAUUCCAAGUGGGCAUGGAAAGCUCUGGCUUGGUCUCACAUGUCGUUAAAAAACAGCUUUUACACUUUAAUUUCCUUGCAAAUUGGGAGAGCUUCCUACCCUAUAGAUGCAUCCAGGUUUUAAAGUGGCUCUGGGAGAACCAGCUUCUGAUUGCCUGUGCACUUCUUGCUGUGCUCCCUAGUCCUAAAGACUAUGUCAUUUUAGAUUACAUAUCUCACUUUGUUCCCAUUCUAUUAGCUAGCAAAACCAAAAAAGUAAGCUACCUGGCUGGGAAUAU